AAACCUCAAAAAAGGGGAAAAAUGGCACCCCCUAUCAGAUCUCUUAUCUCAUUGUCUCUCAAUAAAUCAUCCUGUUUUCGGAAACCCAUUUCUUGUUAUCCCAUCUCUGUUGCUUUCUUCGUCUCUGCUGCCACCCAGGAAUCAAAAUCUUCAUUUUCUUUAGCUUAUCACUUAAUCGAAAAGCACAACUUAUCCCAUGAAAUUGCCGUCAAAACUGCAUCUUCCUUAAGCAAUGUGAAGGACCCUUCUAAGUGUGAUAAUAUAAUUUCCUUCUUAAAAGAAAGCGGUUUCUCAAAAUCCCAUAUUGAAGAAACCUUACAAAAGAAGCCUAAACUUCUAAAUUCCAGUCUUGAGAAAACCAUUCAACCCAAGUUCAAGUUUUUCCGGGAUUUAGGAUUUUCAACCAAUGAUUUUGCUGAUUUGAUAGCUACCGAUCCCUCGAUUUUGGUUAGAAGCGUGAAUGAUAGAAUAGUACCUUCGGUUUUGUAUUUAAAGAGUGUUCUAGGGUCAAAUGCCAAUGUUGUUAAGUUACUGAAAAUUUUGUCUUGGUUUCUGGCUUUUGAUUUGCAAAAGACUAUGAUGCCUAACAUAGAGUUCUUGAGGAGUUGCGGAGUUAGUUCGUCGCAAAUUGUUUCGUUUUUGUUUCCCUAUCCUAGAUUUUUCUUGCAUAAACUUGAGAGCAUUAAGCAGUUUGUUAAAAGGGCAGAUGACAUGGGAAUCGAUAGGAAGUCGACUAUGUUUAUUGUUGCUAUUAGGACAUUGGCUUCAAUGAGUGAGGAUACUUGGGAACAGAAGUUGAAGCUUUUUAGGAAGUUGGGUUUCUCUGAAGAUGAUAUCAACUCUACAUUUAGGAGGAUACCACAUGUGUUUUCUGUAUCAGAAAGGAAGAUCAAGGAAAUCAGUGAUUUUUUGCUUACAAGAAAGAAUGUAGGUAUUUCUCUUAUAAUAAGCUACCCGAUGGUGUUUACUUACAGCCUUGAGCAUAGGCUUAAGCCUCGCCUACAGGUAAUUGAGAUUCUGGAAAGUAAGAAUUUGUUAAGAAGGAAAGUUAGCCUGAGUACAAUUUUUAAUAUGUCCGAAAAGAAUUUCAGAGUGAAAUAUGUUUGUCCUUAUUUAAAAGAACUUGAGAAUGCAUCCAUAGCUAUUGUGGACCAUAAGUGUUAAUUUUCAUAUCAUUGAGGGCAUAUAUCAAAUAUUUGAUGUACUUUGGAUUUA